AUGGUGAAUACGACGACGAAUACUACACCUACUACGGUGACGAGGACGACUACUAUACCUCCUACUACGGUGACGAGGACGACUACUACACCUCCUACUACGGUGACGAGGACGACUACUACACCUACUACGGUGACGAGGACGAAUACUACACCUCCUACUACGGUGACGAGGACGACUACUACACCUCCUACUACGGUGACGAGGACGACUACUACACCUCCUACUACGGUGACGAGGACGACUACUACACCUCCUACUACGAUGACAGCGACUACUAUAAAGAAAGCUACAAGCGAAGUGCCAUGCCACGCCACGGUAUGCAAUUUUCUAACGGAAUUUUUGUGA